UUUUCAAUCUCUCUCUCUCUCUCUCUCUCUCUGUCUCUCUCAUUGCUAGCUUUCCUGCUCUUUUAUCUGUUAUAUAUAAAUGAUUGUGAUUUGUAAAUCAAAAAUGCAACUCCCCUCUCUUUUCCUUUUCUUUAUUUAUUCCCUCAGUUCAUAUGUAAUCUAAUAAUACUGGUUCUCCUGGACCUCUAUGAGAACGAAGAGUGGUACCUCAUGGUUGACAUUAGUGAAAAGAGCAUUCAGCUCUCCAACUAAGGAGAAUGAGAAAAAGACUAGCAGAAGAAGAGAAGAACACGACCAAGAAGAGGAAGAAAAGAAGAGAGAGAAAAGAAGAUGGCUUUUUAGAAAGCUCAAUUACAACCAUGUCCAAGUUCAACAAUGUGGAACAAGAACAACAGCAGUAGAAGCAAAUAAUGUGAGUCCUAUUUCGGAUGCGGAACAAAGGCAUGCAAUUGCUGUAGCAGAAGCCACAGCUGCUGCGGCUGAAGCAGCAGCGGCAACAGCACAAGCAGCAGUGGAGAUUGUUAGGCUCACUAGGCCUUCAAAUUUCGUUAGAGAACACUGGGCUGCUAUACUCAUUCAAACAGCUUUCAGAGGCUACCUAGCAAGGAGAGCUCUACGUGCACUUAAAGGGCUAGUGAAGCUUCAAGCACUGGUGAGAGGGCAUAAUGUUAGAAAGCAAGCAAAGGUAACACUUAAGUGCAUGCAAGCUUUGGUUCGAGUACAAGAUCGGGUACGCGACCAACGUGCAAGGCUUUCACAUGAAGGGAGCAGAAAGUCCAUGUUUGAUGAAUCUAAUGGCUUCUGGGACUCUACAUGUCUACAAGACAUCAGCGAGAGAGGGUCUAUUUCCAGAGAUAUAAGCUCCAUUCUAGAUAAUUGGGAUGACCGCCCAUAUACAAGUAAGGAGAUUGAAGCCAUAGUGCAAAGCAAAAAGGAAGCUGCUUUGAAACGGGAAAAAGCCCUUGCUUAUGCUUUCUCUAGCCAGAUAUGGAGAUCUCGAAGAAGCCCAUCAGCAGGAGAUGAAAAAGAAAUGGAGGAAGGAACCAAAUGGCUCGACCGGUGGAUGGCUACAAAGCAAUGGGAAAGCAAUAGCAGAGCAUCAACUGAUAGAAGAGAAGCUAUAAAAACUGUAGAAAUUGACACUUCUAGGCCAUAUAUUUAUUCUACUACUCCAGCUGCAGGUAGAAGAUCACAAUCUCAAAAUUACCAACAAAGACAAACUUGCCAGCUGCCUCAUUCUAUCCUUAGAACGCACCACAAUAUCUCUUUCCACCACUCACCCAUAACCCCAUCUCCCUGCAAAACCAAACCCCUUCAGGUUCGCUCUGCAAGCCCUCGAUGCGUCAAAGAAGACAAGUGCUAUUCAGCUGCACAUACACCAAGCCUUGGCUCCAGGUAUCGCUAUGGAAUGGGUGCAAGUGGAAGUAGCGCCAGUGCUGCAAUGCCAAACUACAUGGCAGCCACUGAGUCUGCAAAGGCUAGGGUCAGGUCCCAGAGUGCACCCAGGCAGAGGCCAUCAACGCCUGAGAGAGAACGCAGUGGAUCAGCCAAGAAACGGUUAUCAUAUCCAGCUCCGGAGCCACAUUGUAGUAGCUUUAGCCAGAACUUAAGAAGCCCCAGCUUCAAGAGUGUGCAAGCUGCUCAUUUUGGGAUGGAGCACCGAUCCAACUAUUCCUCCUGUUAUACUGAGAGUAUUGGUGGGGAAAUAUCUCCCUGUUCAACUACUGAUCUAAGGUGGUUGAAAUAGUCUAGUUUUAUUGUAUCAUUUUAUCAAUUAAUUAAAGUAGCUUCGAAGUUUUUCUCUUCAA